GCCCCUUGGUGACGCAUGCGCAGAGAGACCCAGCCGCCGCGGAUAUAUCGACCGGAACCCAGGCUCUUCCUGGUAGAUGCCGCUGGGCCGUUGGUGCGCGAGGUGUUCGGAGGUGUUCGCAGCUGCUCGCGUCACUCGGAUCCUGGACGAGCCGAGCUCGCUCGCGGGCCAGUCAGCAUGUCGCGCUACGGGCGGUACCGAGAAGAAACUAAGGUGUAUGUUGGUAACCUGGCAACUGGUGCUGGCAAAGGAGAGUUAGAAAGGGCUUUCAGUUACUAUGGCCCCUUAACAACUGUCUGGAUUGCAAGAAAUCCUCCGGGAUUUGCCUUUGUGGGAUUUGAAGACCCUAGAGAUGCAGAAGAUGCAGUUCGAGGCCUGGAUGGCAAGGUGAUUUGUGAUUCCCGAGUGAGGGUUGAACUAUCAACAGGCAUGCCUCGGAGAUCUUAUUUGGAUAGACCACCUGCCCGACAUCCCUUUGAUCCAAAUGAUAGAUGCUAUGAGUGUGGUGAAAAGGGACAUUAUGCUUAUUAUUGUCAUCGCUAUAGCCGACGAAGAAGAAGCAGGUCACGGUCUAGAUCCCAUUCGAGAUCCAGAGGUAGACGAUAUUCUCGCUCACAGAGCAGGAGCAGGAGCAAGAGCAGGGCAAGGAGGUCGAGAUCAGCAUCUCCUCGACGAUCAAGAUCUGUGUCUCUUCGUAGAUCACGAUCCGCUUCACUCCGACGAUCUAGAUCUGGUUCUAUAAAAGGAUCGAGAUCUCGGUCAAGGUCAAGAUCAAGAUCCAGGUCUAUUUCACGACCAAGAAGCAGCCGAUCAAAGUCCAGAUCUCCAUCUCCAAAAGAGAAGCCUUGUGAUGGAGAAUCAAAAAAAUAAAAAAGCAAGAUUGAAUGAUAAAGGAAGUGGAA